AGGAAAGUCAAUCAUCUCAAGACACCAAUGUCAAACAGUCUGAGGAAAGUCAAUCAUCUCAAGACACCAAUGUCAAACAGUCUGAGGAAAGUCAAUCAUCUCAAGACACCAAUGUCAAACAGUCUGAGGAAAGUCAAUCAUCUCAAGACACCAAUGUCAAACAGUCUGAGGAAAGUCAAUCAUCUCAAGACACCAAUUUCAAACAGUCCGAGAAAGUGCAAUCGUCCCAGGACAAACAGUCUGAAGGAAUUCAGUCGGCUCAAAGUGCUAAAAGUGGACAAGGAAUGAGAGACCAGUCUUCCAAGAAAAGUAAACAAAAAGUGAUCUACGAUUCCAUAGACGGAAACUUUGAUAUGGUGAUGAAAGCGGACGAAAAGGACCAAAAUGAGAAUGAGAAAACAGAAAUCGACAUUACGAAAGUGGCUACUGAGAUCUUGAAACAUAACGACACUGAUGCUAUUCUGAAAGCGUUAAGUGACAAUGACACGGACAAAUUAGAUACCUAUACUGACGGUGAUGCAAGCAAUGCAAAGAAUCUGGAAACUCAGAAGAAACCUCAUUAUUAUUUUUUAACAAGCAAUCAUAGCAAAGUGAGUAAUAAUUCUGCUUUAGAAAAGGGCCAAGACAAUCAUCAUGCAACGGAAAAGAAUGAAAAACAUCAAGAACAUGGUAUCCAUGGCAACCAAACUGCUGGUAACCACAGCAAGGCAGAUGCAUCUAGUUUGUAUGAACAUGCCAAGCAAGCUUUAUCGAAUGAUACUGGAAAAAAUAGGAACGAUAGUAGUAAUAUCAAGGUAAACACCCAUGAAGAUAAAGAGGCUGAUAAAGGUGCGAGUUCUGGUGCCAACGACAAGAAAAACAAAGAUGGAGAACCGUUGGACCAUUCGAAGGAAGAAUCUAAGCAGGACACAACCAUGGAUCAAGAUGAAGUAGACUCUACAAUCAAGAAACAAGGCGAAAAUCUGGAAAUCAAUAACUUUUCUUCCGACCAAGAAAGCUUGAAUUAUAAUAGGCAAAAAAACAAAGCAGUUACAUCCAUUGACUGGGGAAAUCUUCAUGCUCUUAAUGCUCUGGUAGAGAUUUUAGCUGAGCAUGAAACAAAUGGAACACAAAACAAUACUAACACAAACCAACCGCAAAAUGAUACGACACCAACGAAAGGCAAUGCUGCAGUGAUUGAAAAGAAAGCAAAGAAUGGUGAGGUCAAUACCAUAACACAGGGAGCCCAGCCUAAUAAAACAAAAGAGACCUCUCAUCCUACUCAUGACAAUGAGAAUGCUCCUUUUGCUAGGAAAGAUGGAACAACAAUGAAUAUGAACGGCGAUGAUUAUACGAAACAUGACGGUGGCAAGCGUCAAAAUGUUACAGGAGAAGGAAACGCACGAAGUAAAGCAAAUCUGACGAUGCCUGAGAAUCCAAAUGGUGGACAGACAGCUCCUAAAAUGAUUGACACUUCCAAGAACAGGAAAGACACUUCUGCUGAUACAACACAGGGUAAGAUGAAAAAGAAGAAAAAUGCAACAACAGAGCAAGAGUUUCUGUUUAAUCUUUUGAAAGAUGUAGUUUUGAGCUUGCACGAUACUAAUGACUCUACCAUUACGACAAAACUCGGCGAUGAAUUAGACAAAGUUAUAAACACGACAACAAAAAUGAAUUCUGAGAACAAUGACAAAAAGUUUACAUCUUGGACCGCGUGGACGACGUGUAGUAAGAGCUGCGGUGAAGGAACAAAAACGCGCAUGCGUAAGUGCCGUUUGGAUAAAAAAGACUGCAAAGGUCCGCUGCAUCAAGCUGAAAGCUGUCACGGGUAUAAUUGUACCGUCGAUGGUGGGUUUACUGAAUGGUCCGUGUGGUCGUCGGCGUGCUCUGCCAAGUGUGGUGAAGGAGUCUUCAAAAUCCGUAGCCGUACUUGUACGAAUCCAGCAGCACAAUUCGGAGGCAAACCUUGUGAAGGAGCUUUAACAGAACAACAAGACUGCAAACUGAAACCUUGUGUGGGCUUUGAAAUAGCUGGAAAAAUUGGCAGUCAAACCAUUGUACCAAAGAUAGAGACGCAACAAGCUGUAAAAGAAAAGGGUCUUUGGAGUCCCUGGUCAGCGUGGUCAACGUGUACAGCUACCUGCGGAGGAGAAGGGUAUUCUUCACGUGAAAGAUCAUGUCUUCCUGGAAAACAAUGUGCAGGACCAAGAUACGAUACCAAACAAUGUGGAACAGAGCCGUGUCCAGUGGAGGGUGGUUAUACACCAUGGACAGCUUGGUCACCGUGUACUCCAUCCUGUGGACUGCGUGCCUAUAGAAUGCGAACCCGAAACUGCACGAACCCACCACCUUCACACGGUGGAAGAAAGUGUUAUGACUCGGCCCUAGAGACUGAGCCAUGCAUGAUCGUCCACUGUCCAAUUGAUGGUGGUUACUCUUCCUGGUCUUCCUGGUCACCCUGUACCAAAACAUGCGGUUCGUCAUCGCUAUCGCAAAGAGAGCGGGCAUGUACUAGUCCUGAACCAAGGUAUGGCGGCAGACCAUGCCAGGGCGAUAGCGUCCAGACACGGGAAUGUGGAAAACAGCCUUGUCCAGUAAACGGAGACUUCAGCGACUGGUCGUCAUGGACACCAUGUGCAAACGUAAGCUGUGGAAGUAAUCUUUUCUCCAUGCGAAACAGAACCUGUGACAAUCCUCGUCCAAAGUUCGGAGGGGAAAACUGCACCGGACACUUAGUCGAGAAGAAGUCUUGCAGGUUGAAACAUUGUCCAAUUAACGGGGGAUUUUCUAGCUGGUCACAGUGGAGCGAAUGCCCGAAGAACUGCAAAGUUUCUGGUGUGGCGCACCGAAGGCGCAGAUGUGAUAAUCCCAAACCCCGAAAUGGUGGACAGGAUUGUGUUGGACCAAAGCUUGAAACCAAAGCCUGUUCAAAUACUUGUCCGGUGGAUGGUGGUUUUACUGAAUGGACAUCUUGGUCAAAGUGCAGCCAGGAAUGCGGUCGAACAUCGAUUAAGUCACGUGAGAGAUACUGUACCAACCCAUCUCCUGCUAAUGGCGGGAAAAGAUGCAAGGGAAGCAAAUUCCAGGUUAAAAUUUGCAGGAAAGACGGCUGUCCAGUUAAUGGGAAUUAUACCGCGUGGAGUGAUUGGACCGUAUGUCCAAAGUGUGGUUUUGGUGUUCAAACCAGACAGCGAACCUGUACCAAUCCUUCUCCGAUAAACGGAGGAAAAGACUGCGAGGGGCCUGCAAAGGAGACACUGGCGUGCCCAUUCAAACGGUGUAGAAAUAACGGUUUUGGCCAAUGGUCGUCGUACGGUCACUGCUCAAAGUCUUGUGGUGGUGGAGCAAAAAUGAGACGAAGAACCUGUGAAGAUGAAUCCAAGGGAUGUGAUGGGAAGUUCGUUCAGUUGAAACCUUGUAAUCAGCAUAGCUGUGUCCUGGGCAAUGAUCAUCUCAUUGAUGUCAAUCCUGUAAGCCUGUGUGGGUUUAACCCUUGCAAAAUAUCUCGUUGCCUUGGUUACCCACAAGCAAAGUGUCUGACGUCAUCGGGUUGUUGGCCAGUGUUUUUUGAUAAGCGAGGGAAUAUCCUGGAAUCUUGUAAAGGUGAUAAAACAGUUUUCACUUCGUCCCCGGAGAUGAUCUGUCACAGCGAUCCUUGUAAAGUGUCAGAGUGCUAUACAGAUGAGGUGGCAAGCUGUCAUGUUUCUAUACGAUGUAAACCCGUCUUCUUAGACUCUGGUGGUAACAAGCUUGAUUGCAGAGGUUUACUGAAGGUGCCGCCCAUUACUUUAUGCGGAGCGGACCCGUGUGAAGGCAGCUCAUGUGACCUUGACAAGAAUGCUCGAUGUGUGGCGGAUUACAACUGUAAUCUCGUGUUUAUUUCCACAGAAAACGAAAUCCUAAGCAAAUGCAAAGUAAGCAAAUACCGAGACAACGACUACAUCAUUAACAGCAAAGCAGGAAAAAGAAGAUAAUUGACAUAAACCAAGAUAUGGAGAAUAUGAAGUCGCAAAUGCAAGCCUUCCUGAGGAAUAGCCGCGGGAAUAACGAGAAGGUUGAAACGAUAGCAGAAUACCACAGCCAGUACAACCCCGGUCUUACCGCUGACCAGCAGGACGACUUGGAAUAUAAACUUCAACAUCUUAAAAAGAGAAAUCGAUUUUAUAAACCAAAACAAUCAUGUUUAUAAUUCUGAAGACAACAAACAAUUUCUAGACAAUUAAUGUACAGUGUAGUUAAGAUAUUCGAGAAAAAUACGGAUAAACGUCCGGUUUAUAAUGUACUUGCGUGCGCUUGACUGUUGUUUCAGCAUGAAUAAUCCUGCAUGUUUUGAUGACACUUUGCAUCCCUGUUUUACAGCUUUAAUCACUACCAGUGCCAAACAUGGGCUUUCUGUGGUUAUGUUGAUUUUCAAAACAGACAAAUUGUAUGAGUUCCUUUACAAACUAAAUAGCGUACAUUUAGAUAAUUUUGCAUAGGACACAGGGAGCCCACUGUUCAGAAAACAUGAUCGAAAAAGGGGUCUCAAAGUUUUCUGUCGAUAAUAAAUUUUAACAAUUUGGUAAACAUGACUUAAUUACAGCAGUAAUUGAAUUUAUAGAGAGCAUACCUAUAAACUGAUCAGUGCUACUGACUAUAACGUGAUCUGCGUAUGUAAAUGAGAGAUAGAUUAAGAUAACAUAGAUACAUACGUAUAUUGAGACUUUACAUCACAGCCGAAAUGUUGAAUCGCAUAAACUAAAAAUAUACACUAAAUGAUCAUCGAAACCUUUAUAUAGGAAGAAGAAGAAAAUAUAAAUAUGCAAUAAGGUUAUGUGAGUUCUAUGAUAAAUAA